AUGAUCAACUUUUUUUCCUACAUACUUGGUGCCUCUUCUCCCCUCGCCCGAAGGAAAAACGAAAAAGACCUCCAAAGUGAAGUUAAAGGUAUCGAACAUGUGAAUAAACAUAAAUUGGAAAAUGUCGUGGUUCGUAUUAGAAAAUUGGAAGAAAAUGAAAAACCAACUCUUCACACAGAUCCUAAUGAUAAGACAGUUCUUUACUUUGAUAAAGAUUUUGAAAUAGAAAAAUACAAUUUUGAUAUUGUAUUUGAUGAGAAUGAUGAUAAUAAGCAAGUAUUUAACAAAAUAGGGGGUCAUGUAAUUGUGAAUAAUGUAUGUAAAGGAUUUAAAGAAACUAUCAUUACAUAUGGACAGACUGGGAGUGGAAAAACAUUUACUUUGUUUGGAUCGAAUAAGGAAUAUGGAAUUGUUUAUUACUUUUUACAUUUUUUGUAUAAAUUAUGUGCAAAUGAAUUUAAAAAAAAAAACAUUUAUCUCAGCAUAUAUGAAAUUUUAGGAGAUAACCUUAUCGAUCUUAUAACAAAUGUUCACGAAAAAAAUUUCCAGUUUUACACACAAGAGUACUACUUGAAGACGAUUAAAUAUUCUUAUAAAGUUGUUAAUAUUUCUAGCUUCGAAAUGGCCAAGAAAAUUAUUGACACCGCUUGUCUUUUGAGAAAUGUCGAGGCAACCUCCCAGAACCACAGGUCAAGUAGAUCACACGCUAUCAUACAGCUCUUCGUUAACAUCUCUGAUUAUACUCAUCACAAUGGAAUUGGCACAACCCACGAUUAUUACGGAGUGCUGACAUUUGUCGAUCUGGUUGGUUGUGAGAGAGAGGAAUUUAACAAAGUUAAGAAUGAAAGUAAAAAUGAUAAAACGUCAAGUAAAAUUUUGAAUUCGUCUCUUACGUCUCUCAAUAAGAUGCUGAGAAAAAUGCAGAUGGGCAACCUGGAUGAAUCAGACAAACGACAAAGUGUUCUGUGCAAAGUCCUCUUCAACUAUAUUAAGAAGACCUGUGGUGUAUGCCUCAUAUUUUGUUUCAAUCCAAAGCAGUGUCAGAAGAGUCUCACGAGCUCAACACUGAUUAUGGCAAGCGAAUGUAAAAGAAUAAAAAGCAAACGGAAACAACUGAUAUAUGUGAAAAGUGAAAAUAGAGAGAAUUUUUUUCGAAAGAUAACAAAUGAUGAAGCGAGGAAGUGCUCAUCAAAAGAUAUGCACGGUCAGAAAGACAAAUAUGAGGACGUGGGGAUAGAUGUGGGACUAGACGUGGGACUAGACGUGGGACUAGAUGUGGGUCGAGACGUGGGUCGAGGCACAGACCAAAGCGAGGGAAAAUACAUAAAGGAAGGAGCAGGACCUUUGAAGGACACGACAAUGUUGAUUUUGUACGCAAGUGAUACCAAGGGUUAUGAUAAGGAUACCCACGUUCUAAACGUAAAAAAAGGAAAUGCAAAAAUGGACAUGCUGAAAAAUCUUGCUUAUGAUUUAAUUAAUGAAAAACAAGAAGAAGAAGAAGAUGAAAAGAAAAAAAUAAAUAAAAUAAUUGAUCAGCUAAAAAACGAUAUUGCAAAAUUGACAAAAGAGUGCUCUUACUGGAAAAAGGAAGCUCAUAAUUAUCAUAACAAGCUAAACGUUUUAAAUAAAAAUUACUUAAAAAUUAACGAAUUUUUAUUUAAAACAUUAAAUAAUGCUAAUAAUAAUUCGAUAGGUCCUUGCGAUUUGUCCAGUUUUUACAAUCCCUUUAUCAAAUGUGAUGAACAAACAUCUGAAUGGACGAGAGAAGAAACGAUGCGGAGGGAUCAUUCCUUUCGUCCUCAGGGCAAAUCGGAGACUCUUCGACAGGGGGAAGAAUAUUAUGACCAAAAAAAAAGUGUAACGAAUUUGCCUGACCUCUUCAGGCGAAAUGGUAGUGCACACAGGGGUGGCAUUGCUAGGGAUACUAGCGGUUCUAGGGGUGAUGGUUGUAAGAGUCAUAAUGUCCAUGAAGACAUGUGCAAAAUAAACGAGCCACGUUCACAAGGGGAGGAAGGAAAUUUCUAUUUAAGAAACCAAAGCACUGCGAAUCCUCGUCAAAUGAACCAAAAAGAAUUCGAAGAAGACAAUUCUUCUUACGAUAAGUAUUGCUCCCUUGGUGCAAAAAAGAAAAAAAACGAUGACAAACAAUUUAUGCGCAAUUUACCUGACCAGGAAAAAAAAAGCUAUGACCAACAAUUUACGCGCAAUUUACCUGACCAGGAAAAAAAAAGCUAUGACCAACAAUUUACGCGCAAUUUACCUUACCAGGAAAAAAAAAGCUAUGACCAACAAUUUACGCGCAAUUUACCUGGCCAGGAAAAAAAAAGCUAUGACCAACAUUUUGCACACAAAUCGCCUGAACAAGGGGGGGCGAAUUCUCCCAAUUUACGGAAACAGGUAUCCACAAAGCGUGAACAUAGUGGGAAAAAUCUCAACACAAAAUAUGAACAAGUCAGGGAAGGAAAAAGUCAAACUGGCAAUACUACAACUUAUGAAAAAAAAAAUUCCAGCGUUGCAUUUAACGAUGGAAGCAUCGAUCGUAUCGAGUACAACGCACGUAGUAGUGACCUUUUAAAAAAUGAAAUUACCCUGGCCAAUGUAAACAGUGAACAGCGGAAAGAGCACGACAAGGGUGAACAUUCCACUCAUAUAGGUGGACUCAACUUCUCAGGAAGUGUAUCGCAAAAAAAAAGAGGGAACGACAAUGAAGUUUGUGAAAACAGACAUGGAAGUUAUUCAAUGCUGUGUGGGCAUUCCACCUGCACACGGUCAGGUUGUAAUCAACUGGAUAACGCAGCAAUGCACAUUAGAGGAGGGGACUCAGAAGAUCGAACCUGUCCAUUAGGAAAUGGUAAUGAGGAAAAGGUGGCAACAGGAGAAAUGCAAUUCGUAACAAAAUGUGACUCGAGGCAUGGAAAAAAAAUCACCAUCGAGUCUCUUUCAGCUAAAAUAAAAAACAGAAUACUCAAAUCGAGAAGUCUGUCCACGGUCAGGUGA